AUCUUGUGAGUCACUGAUUGUUUGAGCGGUUUAGUCCCUAUGGUCUAUAUAAAUACAAUAAAGUCGAGCCUCCCUGGUUAGUCAUAGUGUAGUUGCGAUGUGGUCUACCGUGGCAAUUGUUUGUGUCUUCAGUGCUGCAAGAGCAGCUGUUAUAGAUAACGCUAUUGAUUAUGUUAAAGAUAGUGGUAUUGAUGGUGAUCGCGAAGGUUUACCUGAAGCAAUCUUCCCCUUAAACAGUUGUGAUCAAGCGAAAUGCAACCAGUUCUGCCAGUUGUUGGGAUUCAAGAGAGGCACUUGCACUGGAGACAAGUGUGAAUGCACCAUGAAAGCUGCAGAAGAUGUGGCUGAUUCGAGGGAAGAGGAUUCUCUUGACAGUUGUGAUCAGGCGAAAUGCAACCAGUUCUGCCAGUUGUUGGGAUUCAAAAGAGGCACUUGCACUGGAGACAAGUGUGAAUGCACCAUGCAAGACACAGAGGGUAUGCUCGAAGCAACCUAUCCCCUAAAAAGUUGUGAUCAAGCGAAAUGCAACCAGUUCUGCCAGUUGUUGGGAUUCAAGAGAGGCACUUGCACUGGAGACAAGUGUGAAUGCACCAUGCAAGAAACAAAAGGUAUGGUCAAAGCAUCCUUCCCCCUAAACAGUUGUGAUCAGGCGAAAUGCAACCAGUUCUGCCAGUUGUUGGGAUUCAAGAGAGGCACUUGCACUGGAGACAAGUGUGAAUGCACCAUGAAAGACACAGAUGUGGACCAAUCGUUCAUUUCCCUAGACAGUUGUGAUCAGGCGAAAUGCAACCAGUUCUGCCAGUUGUUGGGAUUCAAGAGAGGCACUUGCACUGGGGACAAGUGUGAAUGCACCAUGCAAAGCACAGAAGCAGACUUGUUGAGCUCCACAACCCUGAUGCAAAACUGCACGUAUGUAAACUGCGUUUCCUUCUGCCAAAGCAUCGGAUAUAUAACUGGCCACUGUAAUGGAAACAGCUGUAUUUGCACUCUACCAAAGAAGGAAAAUGGAGAAGAUAGCAUUAAACAAGCAUCUUUGACCUUAAAUAGUUGCAAUCAAGCGAAGUGCGAUCAUUUUUGUAGACUUUUGGGUUUCAAGAGAGGCACUUGUUUCGGAUAUAAGUGUGAAUGCACUCGUACAGAAGAAAAUGAGAAAGAAUCUCUAGAGAGCUGUAACUACAGGCAGUGUGAUCAACUUUGUCGGCGACUAGGGUUCACGGGCGGCGUGUGCGUUGGCGAUAAAUGCAAAUGCGACAUUUUGCUGGAAAUUCAAGCUGUGAUUGAUCCUGAUUCGCAAAGUGUGGGUAGUUGCCAGCCGCUGGAUUGCGACCAAACUUGUCGGCGCAUCGGGCAGAAAGGUGGCGCCUGCGUCAACGGCCACUGUAAAUGUGAUAUCUUGAAGAAGUUAGGAGACCUUAUCGGAUCUACCAGUGACGAUGAUUCAUCAGCACUCAGAAAUGAUUGUAACCACAGCCGAUGCAAUGGCAUGUGCCGUCGCUUUCAUUACGACAGCGGCGAAUGCUUCGAAGAUAAAUGCAAGUGUGAAGUCAUGUUCUCUGCCAAAGAUACGACAAAACCAGGUGCUAUGAAAGAGAAUAGUUGCCAUCAAAGAAAAUGUAAAGCUUUCUGCGGGUCAGUGAGCUUUAGCGGCGGCGGCUGCAACGGAGACACGAAAUGCAGAUGCGAGAUUGUUCUUCAGAGAAAAGAUAACGAAAUCCCAAGGCAAUGAAGAGUACAUUCAAGAAGUUGUUCUACUCAAUAUAAAAAUAACUUUUUUGGUACUACUAGUGCUAUUUACUCUUUUAAUUUUUAUACAUACAUGUAAGAUUUAUAAAAAAGACCGGAAUAAUAGCAGAUUUAAAAGAUUAAGAGGGAUCUAAAGAGUUUGUUCAAAUAAAGAUCAUUUUU